AAAACGCCGUCGUAUUUAGGAUAGAACACAGAGCAAUCUAUUUAUAAACCCGACCACAUUCUUUCUUCACUAGCUUUCCCAUUUCAACUCUUUUACUUGACUUCAAAACUCGAGUUUAAGCAAUGGAUCAAUUCAAGGGGCAACCUCGUCUCCCGAAAUUCGCAGUCCCCAAGCGAUACGAUAUUUUUCUCAAUCCAGACCUCAAUUCCUGCCGGUUCACCGGCUCCGUAUCCAUCGACCUCGACAUCGUCGAAACCACUCGCUUCAUCGUCCUCAAUGCUGCCGAACUAUCCAUCAACAACCGAUCUGUAUCAUUCGCAACCAAAUCUUCUUCCAAGGUGUUCGAGCCUAUCAAAGUUGAGUUGGUGGAGGGUGACGAGAUUUUGGUGUUGGAGUUUUCCGAGAACCUUCCAGCUGGGAUGGGUGUUUUGGCUAUUGGAUUUGAGGGAGUGUUGAAUGAAAAAAUGAAAGGAUUCUAUAGAAGUACUUAUGAGCAUAAUGGUCAGAAGAAAAAUAUGGCAGUUACACAAUUUGAGCCAGCUGAUGCUCGGCGAUGCUUUCCUUGUUGGGAUGAACCUGCUUGCAAGGCUACAUUCAAGAUCACACUGGAUGUGCCAUCCGAACUAGUGGCUCUGUCCAACAUGCCAAUCAUUGAGGAGAAAGUGAAUGGGCAUAAAAAGACAAUUUCGUAUCAAGAAUCACCAAUAAUGUCUACUUAUUUGGUGGCAGUUGUUAUUGGUUUGUUUGAUUAUGUGGAAGAUCACACAUCUGAUGGUAUCAAAGUGCGAGUGUACUGUCAAGUUGGGAAGGCUGAUCAAGGGAAAUUUGCUCUGUAUGUCGCUGUGAAGACACUUGAACUGUAUAGAGAGUACUUUGCGGUGCCAUACUCUCUUCCGAAAUUGGAUAUGAUUGCAAUUCCUGAUUUUGCUGCUGGUGCUAUGGAGAAUUAUGGGUUAGUCACUUAUCGUGAAACAGCUUUGCUUUAUGAUGAUAAACAUUCGGCAGCUGCUAACAAGCAAAGGGUCGCCACUGUAGUAGCUCAUGAAUUGGCUCAUCAAUGGUUUGGCAAUCUUGUAACGAUGGAAUGGUGGACACACUUAUGGCUUAAUGAGGGUUUUGCAACAUGGGUGAGCUAUUUAGCAACUGAUAGCUUGUUUCCUGAAUGGAAAAUAUGGACUCAGUUUCUUGAUGAAUCUACUGAGGGCCUUAGGCUGGAUGGACUUGCUGAAUCCCACCCAAUUGAGGUAGAUAUAAACCAUGCUAGUGAAAUUGAUGAAAUAUUUGAUGCAAUAAGUUAUAGAAAAGGUGCAUCUGUCAUCAGGAUGCUACAAAGUUAUCUGGGUGCUGAAGUCUUUCAGCGGUCGCUCGCUUCGUAUAUAAAAAGAUUUUCCUGCUCUAAUGCGAAGACUGAAGACUUGUGGGCUGCACUUGAGGAGGGAUCUGGUGAACCUGUCAACAAGCUCAUGAACUCAUGGACAAAGCAGAAAGGCUAUCCAGUCAUCUCUGUAAAAGUGAAAGAACAGAAAUUGGAAUUUGAACAGUCACAAUUCCUGUCAAGUGGUUCUCCUGGGGAGGGACAAUGGAUUGUCCCAAUAACACUAUGCUGCGGUUCAUAUGAUGUGCACAAGAAUUUCUUAUUGCAAAAUAAGUCAGAAACUCUCGACAUCAAUGAAUUCCUGGGUUGUUCUUUAAAAGAAGGCUGUAACACAGCAUGCACUUGGAUAAAACUAAAUGUUAAUCAGUCCGGUUUCUACAGGGUAAAAUAUGAUGAGGGCCUUGCAGCUAAACUUAGAAGUGCAAUAGAGAAGAAAAACUUAUCUGAAACAGACAGAUUUGGCAUUUUGGAUGAUUCAUUUGCUCUUUGUAUGGCUCGCCAGCUGUCUCUGACCUCUUUGCUUACUUUGAUGGGUUCUUAUCAGGAGGAAACUGAGUAUACCGUGGUGUCAAACUUGAUUAAUAUAAGCUAUAAAGUUCUGAGGAUUGUCGCUGAUGCAAGAUCUGAAUUGCUGGACUAUGUUAAACAAUUUUUUAUCAGCCUAUUCCAGUAUUCUACUGAGAGGCUUGGCUGGGAUCCUAAACAAGGUGAAAGUCAUUUAGAUGCAAUGUUGAGAGGAGAAAUUUUAGCUGCUCUUGCUAUGCUUGGAAAUGAUGAAACUCUAAAUAAAGCAAACAAGCGAUUCCAUGCUUUCUUAGAAGACAGAAAUACACCCCUACUCCCUCCUGACUUACGAAAGGCAGUAUAUGUCGCAGUUAUGCAGAAAGUCAGCUCCUCAGCCAGAUCAGGUUAUGAAUCUCUUCUGAGAGUGUAUAGAGAGACUGAUCUAAGUCAAGAGAAAACACGUAUUCUAGGUUCAUUAGCAUCUUGCACAGAUGUCGAUAUAAUUCUUGAAGUUCUGUACUUUAUUUUGUCUUCUGAGGUUCGCAGCCAAGAUGCGGUCUUUGGACUUGCUGUCAGUAGAGAAGGGCGUGAAACAACUUGGAAGUGGCUUCAGGAUAACUGGGAGCACAUCUCAAAAACCUGGGGUUCUGGAUUUCUCAUAACUCGUUUUGUCAGUGCAGUAGUCUCACCGUUUGCUUCAUUCGAGAAGGCUGCUGAAAUAGAGGAGUUCUUUGCCACCCGAUCAAAGCCCUCAAUUGCUAGAACCUUGAAGCAAAGCCUCGAAAGGGUUCGCAUCAACGCAAAAUGGGUUCAGAAUGUUGAGAAAGAAGAACAUCUGGCCGAGGCUGUGAAGGAAUUGGCAUUCGGGAAAUGCUAGACAAAUUAUCGUGAAUAAAGCGCUCCCAUUGAAGCAGCUUCAAUGGGAAUAUGGCCGCAUAAAAGUUAGCAUCCCAAUGGUUUCUGCCGUUAUUUCUGUGCUGCCUUUUGCAUGUUUUCAUUCAGAUUCAGUUAUGAUUUUCCUGUUCUUUUCCUUUUUCGGUGUCAUUGUGUAUGUGCGAUUUCUAUGAUUGUGCCUAUCUAGUAUAAAAUUUUACUAAAAAUCUUUGUGCUCG